ACAGCGGUAUGAAUGGUCUACGGAGUCGCUACUGUGGCACAACUUGCUGUCUUUCCAAUUCACCAGUUUUAAGAGCAUUGCAAUAUAUAUAUAUAUUUUCACUACGACUCGAAUGUGUGUGUUUUGGUGAAUACUCCACUGAUAAGAGCAAGAAAUAGACGAUACCGGCGUACGGGCGAAGCAUCAAAAAGUUUUGCUAAAAUACUUCUUAUCUAAAUCUGUGUUUUCCCGAAAACGUCAAGGAUUUUUUUAUAAUUUAAAAUGAAGACAUAAUGGCAGUAAUCUGGACAAUUCCCUGUACAGUGGUGACAAUCCCCAUGUUUGUCCUGUUCAGCAGCAUCGCAACGCAAUCGGAGCUGGUCGGUGAGCGCUACGUCGGUGGUUACGAGGUGGGACAUCCAGAAUUAUGUCCAGCAUUCGGCUCCGAACUGAUGUUAAUCAUAUUUGUAACUUCAGCACCUUCCCAUUUCAAACAAAGAGAAGCGAUACGAAUGACCUGGGGCGAUAUGACACAAGAAGAUAAGACUGUGAUCGCGGCGACCGGCGUGGUCCUGAUCACACCCAGUUACGUGUUGGUCAAUGCAGACGACGUCGCCAAGAUACCUAUGUGGAAGUUGAAAAAGGACGCCAAGGUCUACUUCAUUCCAGAAUACAAAAAGCCAUGGAUUUAUAAAGCGCAAGAUGUCAUUUUGCAUCCAGAAUACGAGUUCGCCACGUACAACACGCUGGCGUUGUUGGAACUUGUCGUUAACUCGGAAUGGGAUGAAGAAGAACAUGAUGCUUUAGAUCCCAUUUGUUGGCCAGGGAAAUCUUUCAAUACCUCCAACGAGCUAUACACAGUCGGUUAUACUGAUGAAAGAUUGCUGCUAGAGAAAGUGUUGUACAAAGGGCAGUACAUAGCGAAAGAUAUGUGCAGCGAGUACUACAAGAGAAUUUCGUUCCAACGAGACAAGAUGCAGGAGCCCGUGCAGUACGUGUGCACGGCGACGAGCAGCAAGCAGGACUGUCGCUGGGACAACGGGAUGCUGCUGAUAUCCAACGCGACCGGACGGUGGACUCUGGUGGGCUUCGGGUCCGCCGGCCCGGGGUGCUCGGCCCCGGCGCGCUUCCUCGACAUCUCGCGCUACAUCGACUGGGUCCAGUCCGCCACCACUCAGCCCGAGGCUUACGGCGACUACGGGGGGCAUAACGAUGAUGUUGCUGAUCAGAACUAAAAUAAAUGAUCUUGUUUUCA